AUGUCUCCGUCCAGUUCCGUUAUCGUUUCGGCUGUUGUGCCUGGAACUCCGAGUCUAUGCAAUACAAACAUUCGGUCCUCAGUGCCGCCUGGCGUAGGACUGCAGACGCCUCGGAAGCAGCAGGAAGGCUCCUUGUCGCCGCAGGUCUUCGGCCUCACUCUCAGUGGCAUCUCCGAGGCGACGACGCUCUCGCCGCGGUGGGGCGUAACACAGCCGCCCAGCCCCAUCAUGCUUGGCAAUGGCAGUGGUACUAACGGGAAGCCCACCGCCAGCGACGGCAGGGACAGCAAAGUACACGGCAAACUCUCCUGCAGCAAGAUCCCGUUGGAGGCCCCUGUGAUAAGCUGGACCGCACAGGUGGCGUUGGGCCAGGCCCCGUCAAACGGUGUUGGCUUCGCCCCCUUGGACGCUGUGCGUUGCGCUGAGCAUCACAAGGAACGAACUGUCCAGAAUAUGAUUCGCAUUGUGGGCAAGUCAGGUGAAUUAAUGUGGAUUUGUCGUCCUGAUGCGCCGUGCAAGGUGCGGAAAGGUGCACGCUUCGCACAUAACGCCGUGCAGCACCGGCGCCCGCUCGCCAACGAGCUCGCUGGCGUUGCCCCUAACAUACAGGAGCAAAACGUUGUAUUCGCAACGCCCUGGACCAACGACGCUGGCACGAAUCCGGGCCGAACGACAGAGUACAACUUGGACGGCGGUAAUGCUUUUUUCGCGGCACCAUUGACCUUUGCUCAGAGUCCCGCAUUUGCUGCGCUCUCGCAGGCGUCGCCGGCGAACUUGGGCACUGUGUUCUGGUUGUCGGUGCCCCAGUCGCCUUAUUGCGCUGCCACUGCUGCUGAUGCGGGAAUGCCGGUACCCGGUAUUCUCCCACACCUGGCGACAGAAUCCAAGUUUGCCUGGCUGCCCCUACGCGCUCCAAACUAA